AUGAGUUGCGAGCGUUGCAGGGGUCGAAAGACGAAAUGCAAGAAUCCAGUUCCUGGUCCAUGCGACUACUGUCGCAGCAUUAAUGAAGAGUGCCGCAUUGACCCCGAAAGGCGACGCCAGAGACCCUACUAUUUUGUGUCUGAAGAAGAGUUUAGAAAUAUGCAGACUAUUCUCAAGCACUAUAUACCAGAUACCGACCUAAAUCCUGAAAAUCUUCGAUCCCUGGCCCUGAAAUGUCAAACCGCCGAGAGAACCCUUGUUGACCUGCCACAUGCGGCAAACGUGUUAUCGCCCCCAAUAAGCGCCGCCGUCAAUGAAGAAGUGGACAUUGGGCAGCCCAAUUUGUGUUUUGACAGUAUUCCUGUUACUUAUAGCAGCGAUGAGGAGGCAGAAGACAAUUUACUUCAACAGGUGCUCUCCCUUUACCACAAACUAGGGUGUCUCCUUGAGGACUCUCAGGGACAAUACCGCUACAUGGGGGCUGAAUCGGGGCUACCUUUCAAUGCGGCUAUUCGGUGCUUCAAAAGAAAUGGUCUUCGAACAUCUUUGAGCCCUGAUUUAAUUCCUGCAAUGGUAACAGUGACAAUGCCACUGCCAAUAUCACACCCGGCAUCUCAAACCAUAGCCCUGCCGCCAUGGGAGACUUGUCUGAGGCUCACCACGAAAUACUUUGAAGACGUUCAUUGUCUCUAUUGGCUCUACUCGUCGGAGAGAUUUCAUGCUCAACUGGAGGAAAGUUAUCAGGUCUCACAGGAGAUGUUGACGGCUUCAUGGAGAUGCGCUCUCUAUUCCAUCUUGGCGAUUGCAAAACUGAGAUUGACGGACACGGACAAUUCUGACGAGAAUGCCACAGCAAAAGACUACCUUGAGCACGCGAAAUCUUUUGUACCUAAGGCAUGCGAUGAAGCAAGCCUUGAAAGUAUUCGAGCUAUGAUGCUAUUGCGUCGAAAGGGAACACUCCCGUCGAAUUUGGUGGUCUCUCGCAAUACUCGAUCAGGAUCUAUCGCUGAGGCUCGGAAAGCCGUCCUCAACGGAAUAUGCUUGGAGCUCUCCUCCCUUCCCGUCCGAGACGAUACUACCUUCUGGUCCCUACUGCCCACCUGGAGACCCUCUUAUGCCAGAUCAUCGUUCAAAAAUGGCAGUGGUCAAGGGCACCCUCAGUUUAUUGCAAGGUUGGAUGGAUUCAAUACCAUCGCAUCUGAAUAUCUCAGUCCCGAACGCGCCUCUCCAUCGCAGAGCUAUCGCAGUCCUCCAUCUAAGAUACCACAGCAUGCGACUGCUAAUCGACAACGAGAGGCCGAGUGUCAUCCCUCCGUGAGCCAGUUCACAGAUAUCUGCACCGCCUCUGCGGAGAAAAUGCUAGAGAUCAUGCAUAUGAUGGUCACCGACGACCUCCAUUCUAACACCAUUGCGCUAGACUUCUAUUACGCAUUGGAUAUUUUACAGAUUUUCAUCUGCAUUUUUGCACUCACAAAGGCUGAGCAACAAUUUGAUAACAUACGAAAAUGCUUGAAGGUCCUUCAAUCGCUGUCAACCACGGGGUUCGGGGAAACAAUGAUCUCCGAGGUCUUAUUUGAGCUUACAGAAUGGGCUUUAUUCCCCGACUGUGCCGAUCCCAUGGACUGCCUGCAAGACUUCGAUGCUUCCUUGCUUGGAGUGGACGCUGUUAAUGAUUUUCAUAAUCGUAUCUUCGGAGACUGCAAUGUGGAUUUUGACCAGGCUUGGAACACUAUUUUUCCACACCCAGACUGGAUUACAUCCUGGGGGCCGUGA